GGUUUCGUGCCGAGACUUGCCUCAGAGGUCAUAACAACCGUGGUCUACUACUCAGUGUGUCGGUUCGUGCGUCGCUGGAUUUUCGGAGUGAAUAAGAAACCUACUGCAGCCAUCAACACAAUCCAAGUACUGACAUUUUUUGCUUUACGCAACUACGUCUACUCUCUUGAAUCCUAUCGAUUAUUUUCAUUGCAGCUGGCCGGUUGUAUCAUGACGGUACGGAAUGCCAAGUUGGUCGGUGCAACCGAGGCGAACUCAUUCUCUGGCUGGCGUGAUUGUGAACGUUUCCUCACCAAAUCCGGCCAAUCGAAUCGCGGUUGGUUCCCGUUCCUCCGUAGUCACAUACAACCGAAAGAUCUGCCCGAUUAG